AUGGCUCUGUUAAGGCUAUACGUCUGGGGCCCAGCCUUUGGGCUCCCAUCAUUGGAUGCCGAGUGCCUGGCCGCCAUCGCAUACUUUCAGCAGAACGUGAGACAAGGCGACUACGAGAUUGUUGCCAGCAGUCCCUCGGCUGUGCCCACCAACCACCUCCCUGCUCUUCACGACACCAUCAUAAACGAAUGGGCAGCCACCUACCAGGGCAUUCUGGACAUGCUCACCGGCCACCCCAGCAGUACAACCCAAAAUUUCUCUCCUGAUCCCUCGACCUCAGCCCGAAUCGCCCAUUUGACCGCACAAGCAUCUCCACUCCUCGCCCUCUCGCUCUACGUCUCAUCAGCCAACUACGCCGCCACGACCCGUCCCGCCCUGUCAUCCGUGCUCCCCUUCCCCCUGGGCUGGACCGAAGCCCCCGCCCGGCGCCGCCUCAUGACCCGGCGCGCCGACCACCUGGGCCUUUCGGACCUCGACACCGACACUGAUCCGGACGACCAGCAGAACCUGAGCGUGGCCGACAGCACGCGCAAGUCCUUCAUCCCGGCCCGCCUCCAGCCCCGCUCCACCAAGACCAUUUCGUCGGCCCUGACCCCGGAAGCCAAGGCCCGUUUCCGCCUCGACGCCGCCGCCGCCGCCGUUCUCGACGUAGUGGCCGCCGCGCCGCCCACAGCAGCAUCCUCGCCCGCCUCUGCCUACGACUGCCUCGCAUUUGGCUACCUGGCCCUGAUGACGGUCCCGGAUCUCCCGCGCCCGUUUCUCGAGGAGUUUGUCAACGCCCGCCACCCCGCCCUGAGCGACUUUGUAACCGACGCCCGCGUCGCCUGGUUCCCCUCAUCGUCGUCGUCGUCGUCGUCGGCAUCGCCGCCGCUCCCCUGGUCGUCGGACCGGACGCUGACGGCCGCGUCGCCGCUGUGCGUGGCCUCGCGCCUGGCCGCCGGCUGCGUCGCGGCGCUGCCGGGCGGCAUUGGCACGGCGUGGUCGGCCUGGGCGCACGGGCGGCGGAGCGCGCGGCUGCAGGGCCGCACGGCGGGUCGGGGCGGCAACAUGGAGCACGGCGAGGUCGCGUGGACGUUGGGCUUGGGCGUGCUGUCGGCGUCGGUCGUCGCGGCCGCCGUGAUGCUGCUACAGGACGUCGUGACCGCGCACAGGUUCGGCGCUCCGCUGCAGGUGUUUGAGAGGGUGCGGAGGGUUGGGGGCCUGUGGGCCGUGGGUUCUGCGGGUGCUGCUGUCCUGGGCGGCGCCGGAAGGCAGUUGGGCGCUGGGCAGUUUGCGAGGUAG